CCUAUAGUGUAAAUGUAAAGCACAUAGCUAUCGAGAACAGCUGCAGUGCUUUCUGUUCAGCAGCAGUUCUAGGCGUUUGAGUUCUAGGGCAUUUCCUGCUGUCCCUCUUUCGCCCUACACAGACUUGAAGCAGUUUGUUUUAACGUUUUUAUUCAGUAUUAUCAGCUAUGGAGGUCCCAGGUCCUGAAAGUGACUGGAAAAGUCCAGCCUUACGACAGAAAGUAGUGGCUCAACUAGAGGAUGCUAUGAGAAAAGCAGGAACUGCUCACACAAUGUCAAGCACUGACAUGGAGAACUAUGUAUUUGUCAAGGCAAAUACCAGAGAGGAGUAUUUGUCUUUGGUUGCAAGGCUGAUAAUUCAUUUUAGAGACAUUCAUAAAAAGGCACAAGGGGGACCAGACCCCAUGAAUGCCCUGCAGAAUUUAACAGGAGUGGGUGGAGGUGGUCCUGGUGUCAUUGGCAUUGGAGCACGCCCACCUGGUGCACCUAUGAGUGGUAUGGGAACCAUGGGGCAAAUGCAGAUGGGUCAAAUUUCCAUGCAGGGGGUAGCAGGAGGCCAGCAGGCUGUAGGAACUGCUGGGCAGAUGCAAAUGAUGCAGCAGCAGCAGCAGCAGCAGUCCAUACAGUUUCAGCAGUUCCAGACGCAGCAGCAGGCAUUAAUGCAGCCUCAGCAGCAGUUCAACCAGCAACUCCAACAGCAGCACCAUCAGUAUCAACAGCUGCAGCAACAAAAUCUUCAACAGCAGCACACCCAGAAUCAGCACCAGCAACAACAGAAUCCGUUGCACCAAAACAGACUCCAGCAGCAGCAGUUAGCACAACUCCAACAGCAACUGCAGCAACAGCAGCAGCAACAGCAGCAAGCCUUGACCCAGUCUUUAGCACAAAUGACUCAAGGACAGCAUCAACAAAUUAACUCCCUCAGCCAACAGCAGCAACAGCUAAAGAUCCAGGCGAUGCAGCAAGCAAGAGCUUUGCAGCAACAACAACAACAGCAGCAAGUUCAGCAGGUCCAUCAAGCGGCCCAGCUUUCAGGAGUCCCUGGACAGAUGAUGCCCCGUCCUGGGAUUCAAAUUCCACCCCGGUUGCCCCGUGCCACCCUGAACUCUGCCAUUCCUAAAAACUCACUUGCCAUGGGAGGACAACAAAUGCCACAGGGUCAGCAAAUGAUGUCAUCACCCUCUCCAGUUCAGGUGCAGAUGCCCCAGACAAUGCCUCUUCCCCCACAGCCUCAGCCAUCCCCCCAGCCCCCCUCCUCUCAACAGAACUCUGUCAGUUCUGGUCCAACUCCUUCACAAGGAGGUUUCCAACCCUGUACCUCUCCGCAGCCUUCCCAUAGUCCCGCAUCUUCAUGCACCCCCCAUAGUUACCCCCUCCAAGUACCCUCACCUGGACCUCUCAACACCCAGGAGAAUCCAAAUUCUGUGAUGAGCCCAGCAGGAGCCUUGCAGUCUGAGGACCAGCAAUACAUGGACAAACUAAAGCAGCUGUCUAAAUAUAUUGAGCCCCUGCGCAGGAUGAUUAACAAAAUAGACAAAAGUGAAGAUAGGAAUAAAUAUCUGAGCAAAAUGAAGAUAUUGCUUAAUAUUUUGACAGACCCAAACACAAGGUGUACUCUUGGGACUCUACAGAAGUGUGAAAUAGCAUUGGAGAAACUGAAGAAUGACAUGGCCAUUCCCACUCCUCCCCCUCCUCCAGUACAGUGUGCCAAAAAGCAGUACCUGUGCCAGCCCUUGCUGGAUGCUGCCAUGGCAAACAUCCGCUCCCCGGUUUUCAACCAUUCACUUUACCGCACCUUUGCUCCUACCAUGACAACAAUUCCCGGGCCACCAAUCACGGGUCCUUCAAUUCCUUCCCGCAAACGGAAGUUUGAUGAUGAUGAAUGCCAGACCAUCCCUAACCUACUUCAAGGGGAGGUGGCUCGGCUUAAUUCCAAAUUCCUGGUCAAUCUGGACCCAUCCUGCUGCAGCAACAAUGGAACUGUACAUCUCAUAUGCAAACUAGAUGAUACAAAUCUUCCCAGUGUUCCACCUCUCCAGUUGAGCAUUCCAGCAGACUACCCUGAUCAGAGCCCACACUGGGAAGAUGUUGGUCAGCAGUAUGAGGCCAACCAGUUCUUGCAGACUGUGCAUAAGAACAUGACCUCUAAGCUGCUCCAGCUUCCAGAUAAGCACUCUGUGACGGCCCUGCUGAACACCUGGGCUCAAAGCGUGAGGCAGGCUUGCCUUUCAGCUGCUUAAGAGAUACGGCUCCCUAUCUUCAGCAGUAGCUCAUUAUAAUCCAUGCACUCCAUGGCACAAUGGCCAAUGGUAAAUUAAUGAUUUGUUCUGUGUUACUUUGUCUUUUUUAUUUACAUAAAUAUAUUACAAUUUUGUUUAGUCCAAUACACUAAAGCCUUAAAAGUUUGUGCAUUGCUUUAUUAAUAAAGUCUUUUUGAAUGCUG